AUGGGUUGUUCACCUUCUCACAGUGGAAUUAUCCAAAGUAUUGCCAAAAAUGCAGCAAAACCUUUAAAGAGAAAUAAAGCCAUUCUCCCACCUGACCAGAACGGAAUUACAAUCCCUUUGGUGGGCAUCCAGAACUCAAGCUCUGAAGAAACCGGUGGAAAGCUCGGUUCUGAAACCUCCAAGGAGGGUGAUGAAAGUGAUCCAUACGCCUGUCACCAGGAGAAGGGUUCUACGGGGGGCCACCGUUGCGCUGCUGAACGUGUAUCUUUACCAGAUGGCCAGGAGGAAGCACAAGGUUCUGCAGAUGAAUCAAUGGUUAAUUUACGCUACCAAAAAGGUGAGAGACCUUGUAUGAGGAAACAUAGCUCCACAGGAUCAGAACUUGAGUUGGCUUCUGAUGUGCAGCGCGGGACUAGCAUUAGGAGAAGCAGAAAGUCAAAGAGGUCCAACAAACAGGGUCGACGUUCAAAAGCAAAGGAGAAGCCAAUUCUUCUUAGCGAGACGGAGAAGAAAGUGGACUUUCCUGAACCGCUAGUCAAGGCACAUCAGAGUGCCUAUUCUUAUCUGAGCCCAAACAUUUCGAAAUACGAAGCUGUCAUUUCAAUGGCGAAUCAAGCGACUCAGACGCAACUAAUAAUGCAGCAGAUGACAAGCUUCAUGGUCAUGCGCUUUGAUGAGAUCAUCCAAUGCCUCAAAGAAAUCACAGACGACGGAGAAAAACUUCUAAAAGACGUGGGGAAUGAUUUAAUUUGGCCGCUUGGAAAGGGGAACCCGGACGAUCAACCCGAUCUCUUACAACAGUUGUUACAGUACACGGUAAACAGAAUGCAAACGUUGAACAGCACCGUGGCUUCGUUGACUUCAAACGCGUUGCAGGAAACCUGUAGUUACCUACAAUCGGCCGCCGCCAGCAUGCAAGAAAAACUCAAAGUUAAGCAAAUGUGUGAUGAACGGCUUUCCAGGAUGAUUAAAUUACUGGAAGAUUCAGCGGCUGGUUCAGUACAAUCUCAUCCAAAUGACUUGACUCUGUAUUCGGAAGACAGUGGAAUUGGAGGGGAUAACGAGUCCCUCAAGGAGUGCAGAUCGCCUGACAAACAGGAAAGACGGACAAGUCAAGAUUCAUCGGGAAAUCAAGGUGUAAAUCAAUCUCAGCAAGAGGCAGCCAAUAAGAAUAUUAAAGGCAUAACUGGCCAAACCAUUCUUCGCAAUCAUAGAGUUGGUAAACAAUCCAGUAUGGCUACCAGUCUUUCAAUGAACUCGCUCGAUUCCAGUACAACUCUAGAACAAGACAGCAACAACGACCAAGAAUCCGAAGAUUCUACAAUCAGCGACGAUAGUGACGAUGGUGAAGGAGACAACGCAAGUAUAUCUAGUCAGGUCAACUUGCAUCAAAGGCCUAUGACGUCCCCAGCUGGAGCAGGUUCCUUCAAGCACUCGCCAAAAUGGUUAGAGAACCCCGAGAAUGAAGAAAUGACGUUGAAAAUGAAGGAGGCUAUCAGUGAAAAAAUUAAAUUUGUCCCAGAAAAAUCAAACAGUAAUGUCUGGAUCAGAGAAGAAGAGGUCCUGGCGAGACCUAGCACAGCCGAUGGAAGCAACAGGAGAACCUCCAGACACAGGAGAACUAGGUCUGCAGAGUCGCUCAGAAGCCAGACAGAAGAUCCAACUCUGAUAGAACUUCAAAGGACACAAAAAGAACUCGACAAAAAGCUGCAGCUGUUAUAUAAGACGGGCAAAAGUACGACCAAAGAAAAGCUACAAAAUUUCGACGUCAAAUCUUUUUCGCAUGCAAAAUGUAUUGUAUCAGGAAAUAAUACUUCUACCGGCAAAUUAAAGUCAUGCCUCGACAAAAGUUUUAACAUUUUGCCCAGUCAAGAAAGACUAACAUUGGUGGGAUAUGAAAAGAGCGCAGAGAAGAACUUGCCUCUCCGCGCAAAAACCACAGGAAUGGGAGCGUCAGUCCAACCUGAACGCGAAAAGACAGAAGAAAAAAUUACUUUCGUGGAACGAAAUUUAGAUAACGUGAAUGUUUCUCCCCAAAAAUCGGUCCGUAAACUAAUUGAAACGUUUAGUCCGGCGGAUAACCUUCCCAAGAUUUUAAGUGUAAAUUGUUUGGGGCCACUUAGAUGUGUUCGGAAGUUUGGUGUCCCAGUACUCCCUCCAACCAUUCCAGCCUGUAGGACAUUAGAACCCUUGGACCAUAAGUGCCACAUGUCAUCUCGAGACGAUAGAGAUUGUGGGUCUACCUGUAAACUUGUCACCAACUUUACAUGUAAAGUGUGGGAUGAAACGGUCAGACAUGAUACAAAUGAAACUGGCAUGGAAGACCUAGAAAACCUGCCUCCUCCUCCUCCUGAAAUCCUCAUGGACGAUUCAUUCAAUGUUCUCCAAACCAAGGAACCCGAGGAGGAUACUCAGAAAUCCACCCUAGAAUUUGUGUCAUCUGAUUCACCGUGUAUCCUGAAGAAGAUGGGAGCUUUUCAAAAAAUGAGAGCUUCAGUAAAAGUCAAAGAUUUGUUACCAAGUAAGAAUGGAGCUUCUAUGGAAAAAGCAUUCAAAAGCCAGGAGGACAAGAUCGUGCUUCGAACAAAUAGGACGGAGUCUGGUCAACAACUUGUAGCUCACAGGGAACAAGAAAGAGUCUUUGAAAUGCAGCGCAAACAUGAAAUAGAACAGGCUGCACAUCUGUAUAAGCAAUCACACAAAAUAAUACCCUUGCAAAAUCCGGGUGAAAUGGGUAAAUCAAGCAAUGAUGAAGAAAAUAAAGAGGUUUCUAGUGAUGUACAACGUCUGUAUCAACAAAAACAGUCCUUUCCUACGCACAAGGGAAGUGAGAAGUCCCCAACCUCAAAUAGAAAAGCUUCACCAACAAGAGUUGCGGUUUCAUCUGCAUCAUCUGAAAAAAUACCAAACAGCCCGCCGACACACAGGGCUAUAAUUAAAACACAUUACAAUGUACAAUCCAGUCCUCCUCCUGUGCAGAGAAAUCCCAAUCCAGUGAAUUCUCCGAAAGUACCAAGUCCUCCAGCUCAGAGAAAGCUUCCAAGUCCGCCAUUCCAGCGAAAGAUACAGAGCCCUCCACAUAUACGAAGACAAGGAAGUCCACCAAGUCAGCAUAGGCAAACAAGCCCACAAAGUCAACAAAAGCCUGCAAGCCCACCAAGUCAGCAUAGGCAAACAAGCCCACACAGUCAACAAAAGCCUGCGAGUCCACCAAGUCAACAAAAGCCUGCGAGUCCACCAAGUCAGCAUAGGCAAACAAGUCCACAGGGUCUACAAAAGCCUGCAAGUCAACCAAGUCAACGUCGGCUACCAAGUCCUCCAAGUCAACAAAGACUACAAAGUCCACCAAAUGGACACCGACUACCAAGCCCGCCAAGUCAGCCUACACCACCAAGUCUGCGUAGGCUACCAACUCCACCAAGUACUCAACUAGGACCUACUACUUCCUCCCAUUAUGCAACGUCCCCACCAGUUUCUCCAUCACACAAGGAUCUAAGAAGAAAUUCCGAUGAGCCACUGCCUUCUUCUAAGAUAUUUGGAAAUGCUCAAUCGAUAUUUUGCCCAUCGUCCACUUCCUUGUUUGAAGCCAAAGUACUGUCACCACCAAACAUUUCUGGUACGGAUGUUGCCUCCACUCCAUCUUCAGCUCCUCAACUCAGGCACAGUUUUUCUGGACGUCACAGAGUGGCAACAAGUGCUGCCAACCCUCAACCUUUUGUCCGUCGGUGCUAUUCCGAUAGGAGGCCAAGAGUCCAGCUUCGACUUCCUGCACCAAUCUCACCUACGUCUCCUAGCAAAUCCUCUCCUCAAAAUCCAGAGUAA